ACAUCGCCUUUCGAUAAUAUCUCGUUUCUCACAGUGACUACAAUGUGAAUUUUGCGAGAAGCAGCAAAAUGGCACACGAAGCUCGGUUAAGUCUUCUGGCCAUUAGGAGGAGUGAGCUGGAGGAUGCGCGAAUCGCUACGGGGACGCGCGUCAUGUGCUGCAAGGCUUGGCUUGAGAUUUGAGCACGAGCGUUAAAUUGAUCAGAUGCUCUAAACCCGCCAGCUGAUCUGAGGAGUACUGCGCUCGAGACCCCGAGUCUCCAUUUCCCUUUCUCCGCCAAAAACAAAAACUUUACAGGCGAAAUACUCGCCUGCGGACCGCUCGUCGUCCAAAGGCGAGGGAAAACCGAAGCGGAGCUUUUUUGGGGGGGUUCUUUAGGCGAUGGGUGUCUCUCGGAUCUUCUCGGUUACUGGUGCCACCGAAGAUGCGAGCCCGAGCUCCAGUACACGCGCUACGGCGCGUCUCCAAAACUGACGAUGCUUCUUUCAGCGACCGUUGUCGGAUUUUUCGCAUUUUGGAUUUCUCUCCGAGUUCUGGAGUAUAGAUGAUGACUGUUUUCGUCUUUCUGAAUCGUUAAGGAAUUGAGGUAGAAGCCGCAAGAGAUCACUAUCAUAUCUUAACACGGUGUUUUUCAUUUUCCCAGCGCGCGCUCACGCCCACUUCGCUGGACUGGUGUGGCUCGAAAAACAAAUGAACUUAAAUUACUAGAAAAAAAUCAACAAAUGUCACCGAAGUGUGGAUUUUUUGGGGAAGCCCCGUCGUCUGCAUUUGCGAGUGUAAUCGAGAGUUUGGCGGAGGGGAGGCUGAAUAUUGCCAUACUAUACCAAACAUUGCGGAUACCACAAAAAAAAUGAAUUAUUAAAAGAAUGGCUCGGUUCGGAGACGAAGUGCCGGCCAGGUACGGCGGCGGGGGCUCCGGUCAAGGGGGACCCGGCCGAGGCGGCAGCAGGCAAGGCGGCCCGCCAGGGGCCCAGAGGAUGUACAAGCAAUCGAUGGCCCAGAGAGCCCGGACCAUGGCCCUCUACAACCCUAUCCCGGUCCGACAGAACUGCCUGACGGUCAACCGCUCUCUGUUUCUCUUCAGUGAAGACAACCUAGUGAGAAAAUACGCCAAAAAGAUCACCGAAUGGCCUCCAUUUGAGUGGAUGAUUUUGACCACCAUCAUUGCCAACUGCAUUGUACUGGCUCUUGAGCAACACUUGCCAGACGGAGACAAGACUCCGCUGUCAGAACGACUGGAUGACACGGAGCCAUAUUUCAUUGCUAUUUUCUGUUUUGAGUCGGGCAUUAAGAUUCUGGCGCUAGGAUUCGCCUUUCACAAGGGCUCCUACCUGAGAAACGGCUGGAACGUGAUGGACUUUGUAGUGGUGCUCACAGGUAUACUCUCCUCCGUGGGGUCAGAAUUAGAUCUGCGGACAUUGCGAGCAGUCAGAGUGUUGCGGCCACUAAAAUUAGUGUCAGGAAUUCCAAGCCUGCAGGUGGUGCUAAAGUCCAUUAUGAAGGCCAUGAUUCCACUGCUGCAGAUCGGUGUGCUCUUAUUUGUGGCCAUCCUUAUGUUUGCCAUCAUUGGCCUGGAGUUCUACAUGGGCAAAUUCCACAGAACCUGCUUUGACAAUAUCACAGGCGAGAUAUAUGAUGAACAGCCCUGUGGUGAUUCGCUGCCCGCUCGAGCAUGUCCAGAAGGAACGGAUUGUAGGGAAUACUGGCAAGGACCAAACUACGGCAUCACACAGUUUGAUAACGUCCUCUUUGCCGUGCUCACCGUUUUCCAGUGUAUCACCAUGGAGGGUUGGACUGAUAUGCUUUAUUACAGUAAUGAUGCCUUAGGCAGUGCCUGGAACUGGAUGUACUUUGUUCCCCUCAUCAUCAUCGGAUCCUUCUUCAUGCUCAAUUUAGUGUUGGGUGUCCUCUCUGGUGAGUUUGCUAAAGAGAGAGAGCGUGUGGAGAACAGGAGUGAGUUCCUGAAACUCAGACGGCAGCAACAGAUCGAGAGAGAGCUCAACGGGUAUCUGGAGUGGAUCUGCAAAGCAGAGGAGGUCAUACUUGCUGAGGAUGACAAUGGCACUGCAGGAUCCCGUCGCAGGCCCACCAUAAAGAAAAACAAAGCUGACCUGUUAAAUCCAGAAGAAGGAGAGGACCACAUGGGAGAUGCAGUUGGUUCUCCAUUUGCGCGCGCCAGCAUAAAGAGCGGGAUGGGCGACGGAGCACACUUAAGCAAGAAGGAGCGACGUUUUCGUUUUUUAAUUCGAAAGAUUGUGAAGACCCAGGCGUUCUACUGGACCGUCCUCAGCCUGGUGGGACUCAACACACUGUGUGUGGCUGUGGUGCACUAUGAUCAGUCCGAGUUACUGUCGGACUUCCUCUAUUAUGCUGAGUUCAUUUUUCUAGGCCUCUUUAUGUCAGAGAUGCUGAUUAAGAUGUACGGACUGGGGACGCGCCCUUAUUUCCACUCCUCAUUCAACUGUUUCGACUGUGCCGUCAUCGUUGGCAGUAUAUUUGAGGUGUUUUGGGCCAUGGUGAAGCCGGGAACAUCCUUCGGAAUCAGCGUGUUACGAGCUCUGCGUCUGCUUAGGAUCUUCAAAGUCACCAAAUAUUGGGCAUCUCUGCGUAAUCUGGUCGUUUCUCUUCUGAACUCCAUGAAGUCCAUCAUUAGUUUACUCUUUCUCCUCUUUCUCUUCAUUGUAGUCUUCGCUCUUCUUGGCAUGCAACUCUUCGGUGGCCAGUUUAACUUUGACCAAGGCACUCCUCCCACAAACUUUGAUACGUUCCCUGCUGCCAUAAUGACAGUGUUUCAGAUUCUAACAGGUGAGGACUGGAACGUGGUGAUGUAUGAUGGGAUUGAGUCUCAGGGAGGGGUGGAAAAAGGCAUGAUCUUCUCCGUAUUCUUCAUCGUCCUCACACUCUUUGGCAACUACACACUGCUGAAUGUAUUCUUGGCUAUCGCUGUGGACAACCUGGCCAACGCUCAGGAACUAACUAAGGAUGAACAAGAGGAAGAGGAGGCCACAUCUCAGAAGAUUGCUCUACAGAAAGCAAAAGAAGUGGCAGAUGUCAGCCCGCUGUCUGCCGCAAACCUCUCCAUCGCUGCAGUUACAGUAAAAUCUGAACGUAUCGAUGCCACAGACAGUUUACUGCACUGUAAAGAGCAGCAGAAGAACUCAAAAGUUUCCAAGUCGGUGUGGGAACAGCGCACGAGCGAGAUCCGCAGACAGAACCUGAUGACCAGCAGAGAGGCGCUUUAUAAUGAACUUGAUGCUGAAGAUCACUGGAAGAUGAAUUAUCGCAACCGCACUGAGAUGAAGACCCACUUGGACCGCCCACUAGUCGUCAAUCCUCAAGAGAACCGCAACAACAACACCAACAAGACCCGACCAGGUGAACCAGAGCUAAACCAGCAGCGGGGUGAGGAACACUUGCCGCACCAAUCCAGACAUCACCACCAUCACCACCACCAUCACCACACCCACUCCAGCCGCCAGUCUCUACACCACUCAGAGCUGAGGGAUGCAGGGUACGAUAGAGGAGGCGAGGACGUGGAGGUCGCGGUGGAGCACAGACGACCCCGACACCAUCAGCACAGAAGACGGGAUGAAGAUGGAGGAGAACGAGGAAGAAGACACAGAGAACACCACAGCAGAGGUGGAGAGCUGGGAGGAGAGGGGGAGGAGGGGCAAGAGAAGAAGCAGAGGAGGCAUCGCCAUGGAAACCAUGGGGAUGGAAACGGAAGGAAGGAUAGGGAACGAAGUCGACAGAACCGGGCGAGAAAAGAGUGUAGUUUAUCAACAGUUCAGCCAGGGUUUUCUCACGGGGAGAGCCAGUACAGUGAGAAUCUGGAUAACCUCCGCAACAGCAGCAAGAUGGCCAUCCACGACCCCGACCCUGACCCCGACCCUGACCUUUAUGACCCCUACUGUCCAGAGCAGACCAAUAACCUGCUGAACCUUCAAGGACCAGAUCUGCAUGACAGCAGUCUCAUUCUGACCGACUCCAGCAAGCUGGACAACACCGCCAUAGAUAUGCCCCCCAUUUACCCCUCACUUAAUGCCAAAUUACAGGUGAAUAAGAACGCCAACACAGAACCUGGCGAGAAAAAAGAAGAGGAGGAAGACGAUGGUGGUGAUGAAGAUGAACCCAAACGCAUUCCACCUUUUAGUUCCUGUUUUAUACUAUCCACCACUAACCCGUUCAGGAGAUGUUGUCACUACAUCCUGACACUGAGAUAUUUCGAGAUGUGCAUUUUAUCAGUCAUCGCCAUGAGCAGCAUUGCUCUAGCAGCAGAAGACCCAGUGUCGCCCGAGUCACCUCGAAACAAUGUCCUGCGGUACUUUGACUAUGUCUUCACCGGUGUGUUCACCUUCGAGAUGCUCAUCAAGAUGGUGGUCUUAGGCUUGAUUUUCCACGAGGGCUCGUAUUUUCGUGAUCUGUGGAACUUUCUGGACUUUGUAGUGGUUAGUGGUGCCCUGGUAGCCUUUGCCUUCACGGGGAGCAGUAAAGGGAAAGACAUUAGUGUCAUCAAGUCUCUGAGAGUCCUAAGGGUGCUACGUCCUCUCAAAACCAUCAAACGUCUUCCCAAACUCAAAGCUGUGUUUGACUGUGUAGUAAACUCUCUGAAGAACGUCUUGAACAUCCUCAUCGUCUACAUGCUGUUCAUGUUCAUCUUUGCUGUGGUGGCAGUUCAGCUCUUUAAAGGACGAUUCUUCUACUGCACAGAUGAGUCCAAAGAGUUCGCCCGUGACUGCAGGGGCGAGUAUUUGGUGUACGAGCGUAAUGAGGUCAGAUCGCAGAAGCGGGAGUGGAAGAAGUACGAUUUCCACUACGACAACGUGCUUUGGGCCCUGCUUACUCUCUUUACCGUGUCCACUGGAGAGGGGUGGCCACAGGUGUUAAAACACUCGGUGGACUCCACUUAUGAGGAUCAGGGCCCGAGCCCGGGGUACCGGAUGGAAAUGUCCAUCUUUUACGUGGUGUACUUCGUUGUCUUCCCCUUCUUCUUCGUAAACAUCUUUGUAGCUCUCAUCAUCAUCACCUUCCAAGAGCAAGGAGACAAGAUGAUGGAGGACUACAGCCUCGAAAAAAAUGAGAGAGCGUGUAUUGAUUUUGCUAUAAAUGCCAAACCUCUGACACGGCACAUGCCUCAAAACAAGCAAAGCUUUCAAUACCGAAUGUGGCAGUUUGUGGUGUCUCCUCCUUUUGAGUACAGUAUCAUGACUCUCAUUGCGCUCAACACAAUUGUUCUGAUGAUGAAGUACAAAGGCGCCUCUGAAGCAUAUGAUGACGUUCUUAAGUACCUGAACAUUGUGUUCACCAUACUCUUCUUUAUGGAGUGUAUUCUAAAACUCAUUGCCUUUGGCAUCAAAAAUUACUGCCGAGACGCUUGGAAUAUUUUUGAUUUUGUCUCCGUUAUCGGCAGCGUCACAGAUAUUUUAGUGACAGAGAUAGUGGAAAACUUCAUAAACCUGAGUUUUCUGAGACUCUUCCGAGCAGCUCGUCUCAUUAAGCUCUUGAGGCAGGGUGGGACCAUUCGCAUUCUGCUUUGGACCUUCGUUCAAUCCUUUAAGGCUCUCCCAUAUGUGUGCCUGCUCAUUGCCAUUUUGUUCUUCAUCUAUGCCAUCAUUGGCAUGCAGUUGUUUGGAAACUUGGCACUGGAUGAAGAGGGAGAGCGCGCGAUCGAUGAACACAACAACUUCAGAACCUUUAUCAUGGCCCUCAUGCUACUCUUCAGGAGCGCCACGGGCGAGGCAUGGCAUGAGAUCAUGCUGGCUUGUCUUGGAGGGAUGCCGUGCGAUGAAAAUUCUGGGAAUGAGGGAAACGAGUGUGGCAGCAACGUCGCCUAUGCUUACUUUGUCUCUUUCAUCUUCCUGUGUUCUUUCCUGAUGCUGAAUCUCUUUGUCGCUGUCAUCAUGGAUAACUUUGAGUACUUGACCAGGGACUCCUCCAUCCUGGGUCCACAUCAUUUGGAUGAGUAUGUCAGGAUAUGGGCAGAAUACGACCCUGCAGCUUGCGGGCGCAUUCAUUAUAAGGAUAUGUACAGUUUAUUGCGGGUUAUCGACCCCCCGCUGGGCUUAGGCAAGAAAUGUCCUCAUAGGGUGGCCUGCAAGAGACUGCUGCGUAUGGACCUACCUGUUGCUGAUGACAACAGUGUACAUUUUAACUCUACACUAAUGGCCUUGAUCCGCACAGCCCUGGACAUCAAAAUCGCCAAGGGAGGCGCAGACAAACACCAGAUGGAUGCGGAGCUCCGUAAGGAAAUGAUGGCGAUUUGGCCAAAUCUUUCCCAGAAGAACCUGGAUCUGCUGGUAACGCCACACAAGUCAGCAACAGACCUGACGGUGGGCAAGAUCUACGCCGCCAUGAUGAUUAUGGAGUAUUACCGGCAGAGCAAAGCCAAAAAGCUGCAGGUGCUUCGAGAGGAGCAGAACCGAACGCCAUUAAUGUUUCAGCGCAUGGAGCCGUCUCCGAACCAGGAAGGGGGGCAGGGGUUGAACGGCCUCCCCGAGUUACCGCAGGAACCUGUCAACAGCCUACCUCCAGAGGGCGGAAUGACUGAGAGCCAGUCAUGGGUGACAUCACGUGCCCAGGAAAUGUUCCAGAAGCCUGUUCCGGAAAACUGGAACCCCGACAGACCGUAUCCUGACGAUCACCACGACAGCCGCCACAAUCCACAGACGGUAGAAAUGAGAGAGAUUGGGCCUGUUGGGGACGGUUACUCGGACACUGAGCCCUAUCACCCAAUGGAAGGGCAUGGCCGGACCAUCUCCAUGCCACGCCUCUCAGCAGACAACCAAAGUUUGCGUUCUGCUGCGCGACGGAGACACAGGCCGCGAGGAAGUAACCUCAGUACCAUCACUGAUACAAGUCCAAUGCACCGUUCCACAUCCUCACUGGUCCACGGACGUUCAGGUCGAGGCGUAAGAUUGGACGAUUACUCUUUGGAGAGAGUGGUGUCAGAGGAGGGCCACCGGCAUGCUCCAAGAAGAAGAGAUCGCGAUCGAGACCGGGACAGAGAUCGCAGUCAUCGCACUUCGGAGAGAUCCCUCGCUCGCUACACAGACGCAGAUACAGGUCUGGGCACGGAUCUCAGCACCACUACGCAAUCAGGUGACCUUCCACCUAAAGAAAGGGAACGAGAGCGGGGGCGAGCGAAAGACCGCCGCCACCACCACCACCAUCAUCAUCACCACCACAGCUCAAUGGAUAAAGACCGUUACGCUCACGAUCGCGACUACCAUCGUCAUGCUCACGACAGAUCUGAUCGCCACUGGUCUCGCUCGCCGAGUGAGGGGAGAGGGCACAGACAGGGCAGUAGUUCCGUGAGCGGAAGCCCCGUUCCUUCGACGUCGGGGACCAGCACCCCCCGGCGUGGCCGUCGCCAGCUGCCCCAGACCCCGUCUACACCGCGCCCUCACGUCACCUACUCCCCCGCUGUCCGCAAGCCCCCGUACGGCUCCCCGGGACAGGGUCGACUCCGCUCCCCAUCUCCAAGACACUUCUCUCCGCCAGGUCACGAACCGCCCUACAACCGACCGCCCUCCCGCCACGCCUCGCCCCAUCACGGGUCACCCAGGUCUCCCCGACACGCGUCCCCUCGCUCUCCCAGGCACGCAUCGCCCAGAUCCCCGCCUCACGGCCGCUGGGGCCCACCGCCGGACAGCGUGGAGGGCGAUGCACCGUUCUACGACAGGGACUAUGAAUACGAACGCCACAACGAGCCGCCUGCCUAUGAGCAGAGUUUAUCGCAGGGCAACCCUCUUUCGCACCCACACCCUCGCUCGCCAAGGACUGCUCAUCACGGGCCUUCCGCUCACCCGCGCCGUAUGCCUAACGGCUACCGCUCCUCCUCGCCCUCCCCGCACCGCCGCGGCCCCCACCCAGGUCCACACCGGCCGUCACAUGGCCGUGGGCCCCGGAAGGGGUUGCACGAACCCUAUAGCGAGACGGACGAGGAUGAUUGGUGUUAGCGCAAAGGGUGAUCAGGAGGGGGCGCCGCUCACCGUAAGCCAACUCGAGAUGUUUAUGCACAGCAGCAGGGAGAGGGGGAGCGGGGGGAUAGAGCACAGUACAAAUACACUAAUCACAUGGAUAAAUGGAUGUGUGUGUGAUACUGUGAGACUCUUAACAAUGGAGCAGCACAGACAAAUCAAGAGCUGAAGGGUUUAACUACAGCUCCCCUGCUUCCUCUCUCUCUCUCUCUAUUGCUGUCUCCUGCUCUCUGGACUGCAUUUCCCACAAUGCUCAGCAUGCAAGGGAAUGUUUAUGGGAGUAAAUGAGAAAUUCAGUGGGGUGGAGCAGAUCGUUGGUUUAUAGAUGGACUAAGCUGCUUUAAAAAUCAGUAUUGCUAUGUUUGAAGGCUCCCCCCGGACUGUGCAAGACCAAGCGGUUUUUGCUGAUGGAAAUAAAGAGGAGACGUAAUAACCUCCUCUCUUAAUCAAAAAAGGAAUUUUGAAAAUAAAGCCAGAUUCCCUCUUUUGUCCUUACAUCUAUGCCUCUCGAAAAAAGACCCAAAAAUGGACGCAAAGGAAAGACUUAAAAGAAAAAGCAAGUGCUCUUGUAAAUGAGAGCUCUACCUACUGCAAAACCAGCCCCAUGUGCUGGCUGAUAUCGAUGAGUUUUAUCAUCUCUGUUUACUGUUACCAACUCAAGAUGCUGAGUAACCUCAUCACCUGGGGGAGGGGUUAACCGUAAAGAGGCGCGGCAUAUGAAAGGACCCAGUGCAGGCAAGAGGGGACGGGUGAGGUGGUCAAACCCCGCCUACAAACUGCCACUCAGUCCUGACAAGGUGGAAAAGAAGGAAACGGCUGAUGAGGGAGGGAUGGACUUUUUCCUCUUCAGAAUGUCUUCAAUUGAUUAAUUCUUCUUUUCGAACAUUUGGAGCUUGGUUAUUCUGUUGCAUUUGCUCAGCUUUCUUUGAUAUUUUUGGACUCAAAUCUGAUGGAAACUUGCAUGAUUGAUUUAAAAAAAUCUCUAUAUAUAUAUCAGACAGAAGAUUUACUGUGGGAAUGGGGGGGUGAUAGCUCUCUUUUUUCCGUUAAGUUGGAGGAAGUUCUUUCUCUCGUUUUCUCCCUGUUGCUCUUGCCAUGUCUGUAGAUCUUUACGUGCAGAUGGAGAUUAUAGACAGCAGAUGUAGAAAGAUGGAGACGUAAAUCUGAAGAUGUUUUCUACGUUCCGUCCAUCUGAGGAUCCCAGAUAAUGCUCUGCACUGUUUAUUAUUACCUUGGAUUGCACUACAAAGAGCCCGAACCGCGGCUCUGUCGGCCAUGGCUGCAAACAGAGAGAGAACCAGGGGGAGAGAAACUCUUCUUCUUUCUAAAGGCUUCAUUUACUAUUGUCAAUAACAAUAGACUUAUAAUGAUGAAAAAUCUUAAUGCAAUUGAUGACGAUGACGGUGAUGCUGAUGAAGAUACAGGUGGUCAUGUGACUUUGUUGUCUUGUUUUUGGGAGUUUUGUCUCUUGUGGCCAUCUCGUUUCUAACUCUUCUUUAUUUUUCGGUUCUGUUCAGCACUGGUUGAAGUCUAAAAGGGUGCGUCCUGAAAAGCAUCCUGAAGUUUACUUAAUUGUGACCUCAGCUUAGUAGAAUGCUCAAAAAGAGUCAAAAGCUCAUGAAUGUUUUAAAGAGGAGAGUCGGGCCACACCCUUCGACCGUGUUUGUGUCGAUGUUACGUAAAGACGAAAAGGCACUGAAAAUCAGGGUUCAUUUCAUAUUUAUUUUUCAACAGUUAAAGAUCUAGACAAGAGCAGUUUUAUUGAGGGUCAGUUAUUACCCCCUGAAUUAUAAUUUCACAGCUGCAAGAUAAAAUUUUGGGUGAUGAAUGUUGUUUACUCUUUGUCCACUUAGUGGUGCUGUUGCGCAGCUUUACCGAGACUACGGACAAACAGUCCCGCAUGAAAUAGGGCUGAACUGUCCCGAAAGGUGAUGUAGCAGGUUACAGUACGUCUGUCAAAGCUCGUGUUUGACUUCUGACAGUCGUUUUUUUUCAAGUUUGACCUGAAAUUUAGUAAAGCAACUGGAAAUGUUUUUCGCCCUGCCUUCCUGUUCCCUACUAUGGGCAACUCGUAUGUCUUUGGCUGCCUGCUCAAUCUGAGACCCUCUUCCCCUUUCUGCUCAGGAUACGACAAUACAGCCAAACCUAUAUCUCACAGGGGUGUAGAGGUGCGGCCUAUUCAGCCUUCCCUACUGUCCAACUGAUAAAACCAUCUCAAAAUAUUUCAAUAGACUUUCAUUCAUUAAUCUCCCAUUUCAGGUUUUUUGUGCAUGUGUAGAAAGCAAAAUAUAAUGGACCUAAUGGAAAUUUUAAUCAUGUUGUCUCCUAGGAGAAAUAUAAUUUAUAUGAAUGAGACGUGUAUAGUAAGAGUGUAACAUUAAAAACGAGCGUAGAGGAUUUGAUCUUAAAAGUAACAUCUGUGGUUGUGUUGAGAUCUUUGACUUUUUGUAGACACAUGGCAGAUUCCUAUCAUCUUUUACAUUAAAAAAAUGAGGAGCAGCACUUGCUCUCUAUUUGUUUCUCCAACUGAGACUAAUGAGUUAAUGACAUAAAAUUUGCGUUUAAGAAAAUGACAACUUUUAGUAGAUUUUACAUAAACUGAUCUCAUUCUGCACAUCAUCAGGUCAGUUGGACAGUCCUGUUUUGUUUCCUCAUGUUUUUUUUUUUUCAUUAUUUUGUUCAAGAAACCCCAGCCAAGGGGUCCUGAAUUUUACACCUUUUAUAAAAAAAAUAUUUUGAGGAAGGAGACCGCUUUGUUAUCUGGGUGUCUAUGUUUGGCCUGCAUUUAUUCACAGCUGGUCCCCGGUUAGCCCCUGGUUUGAUGCCCAUGGGUCCAGAUGAACCUGCAGAGCCACAGUGCCUUCUGUUCUGGUGUCGCACACUACCCUUCCCCUGCCUCUCGUACCCCCGUCCUCUCUCUCUCUCAAUGUGAUGGACUCAGUCACACUACGCCUUAACAAGUCCCCAUGUCUGCGCUGUCUGCUGGGCUUUUUAAAGACAGGGAGGCACGGUUAUAUGAUGGGGUGAGAUCCCAGUUACUCUGAGAGUAAUGAAGGGAAAUGACAACCAAGUUCUGUCAGGGUGUCCAUCUUGGCUCUCUUUCUCUCUUAGCUAUGCUUCCUCAAGUAGCCAUCGUCGAUUCGUCUCACCCUGCUUGUUCAGAGAGCUGCAUCGAAUAUCGGAGGGAUCGUUCUACUUUCUCAGGUCUUUAGCAAAAGGACAGGAAGGCUUACUUUUGUCAGGCAUGAACGUUAGUGCAUGGUUAAGAUUCUGCCCAUUUAGAAGUUCUCUUGGUCUUGUAUUCUUUCGCCCGAAACACUUGAUGCUGAAAUGCAGAAAAUGUCCUCAAUAGAUUAAGAUUUUAUUUAUAAAAGGCCAUUUUUAGGAGGUGCACCAUUCUUUGGCUCUGCUUGUUCAUCAGUUUCGGUUCUGACCCUCUUUUGUUCUUUACAUCGUUUUGUGUCACAUCUUCAUUUUCCGUGCCAACAGAAAACCAUUUUCUGUUCGCGGCACUAUUUCGAGCGAACCAUCUCAGAUACACAACACAUUUGCGUGAGCACGUGUUGUUUCCUUUCGUCUUGGAGAAACAACCUGUGUUUUUGUUUGUUUUACACAAAAUAAGGGCUUUCCUACAAUGGUUUCCUACAGUGCUGCCAAAAUAAGUCACCCUCUAUGUAGCUAAACCACUUCUUGUGGUCUCCCUUUGUACAGAACAGAACUACAUGUGUGUGCAUGCUUAUGUGCCAGGGGAACUGGAGAAUUGGGAGGGGGUGAUGGGAAAUGUAGUUUUUUUUCUGUACGUAUGAGAGCAAGAAUUUGAGGCACAGGCAUUGUUGUUUAAAAAAUCAGAAAUGGAUACAAAUCGUCAUUAUAUAUUGUGCACUGAGUAUUUUAGUGCUGGGUUUGCCAAUCCAUUUCUGCUCAGCAUCCACCAUAGCACAUUUCAUUAUCACCUUCCCAUGUGAUCCUCAUCCAAGAUCGGAUCCAAUGGAGUCACCGCCAUUUUUCCAUGGAGCAGAAGAUCGGAAGGGUUGGGUUCAUCCGCGUGACAGUGGGCAAUGUCCUCUUCGAAAGUAUGUGUGCGUGUGUCUGCGAGCUGAUUUGAAGGCAAGUUGUUAAAUAGUGCCUUACAACGAACAGUCCAAGAUUUUCCAUCGAAGUUAUACGACCACAGAUACGAAGCCAUGGCAAAGCAAAGAGGGUCAGCUGUCUCAUCAUCAUCAUCAUGUUUGUACCUCCAAUUGUCUAACCAUGUUUGUCCACUGUCUGUCUGACGUUUUUGGGCCUAACAUAUCUCUCUUUCUCUUCUGUAAACUCUUGUAUAUCUCAUUCAUAAACUUCCUGCAGCAGCCUGUGUGUCCAUCCUCUUUUCUUAAGCAUUGCCAUGUUUCAUUUUGUUUAUAUGUCUCAUCCAAGUCAUGUUGUUCUUUGUGCAUGUCAAGAAACACAUUCAUUCAAACACGUGUUUUUUAGGGAAAGAUUGAUCCGAUUUAUUUAACAAAGUUGUCUUAUAUUGAAAUGAACAUAUGAAAGUAUUAUUUUCAUAUCAUAAUAUAAUAAAUGACUUUGGUUUCGUAAAUAAUAUUCAUUAAAACAUAAACCACACUUCAAUUGCACCACCAGCAGUUCUGCCAUUGACAGAACUGAGGUUAAAUGUAGCAAUUUAACGAAAUGCUAAAAACAAUUGACGGAAUGUGAAUCGAGUCCUGUUCAGGAAGUGGAUCUCGAGACAGGAAGUGGCUUUCACCAUCAUCAGCAAAACUGCGUUUCUUUAUGCCACUCGAAUGUGUCAGGGGAAGUGAGUUUGUGUGAAUGUGCGAGAGUGUGCAGCCACUGUCACCAUGACACCCGUAAACCCGUCCCACCUUUUAAUUACCCAUCAUUCCACCCACCAUCCACACACUACCGACCUGAACCAUUUAGAAGCAAAAGAGGACGUUUAAAGAGAAAAAAAUGACCAUGAAAUAGAGAGGUAUUUAAUUACUGAUUUGCAUGUGCAAUGUGCAUGCCACUAUGUGGGUUAACAAGUCAACUUCAGGAAUUAUAAAAUAUAAAAAGAAAUAUAAAGAAAAGAGUAUAUAUAUAAAUAUAUAUGUAUAAAUAUAGAUAGAUGUUUUUAUGAGCAAUGUGUUACUUUUUUCUUCUAUUUUUAAAAACGGAAAAGACAAAAAAGAGCACCAAGAGGAAAAAAUAUACAUGAGAUAUGACAUGGGUGAUGAAUAAAAAUCAUAGAAUGUUCGUUUGUUUCUAUUGCCAACUGUUCUCUUGAAUUGUGGGUGAGCACACAACAUGCUGUGGAAAUGUACUACAAAUUUUUAAAAAGCUGAAAAGAUAUCCAGUAGCUCUCGGUUAUGAGAAACUGCACAUCAGUCUGAUUUUAAGAAAUGCAAAACCCUUUUGCUGAUGUUGAGCUGUGAAAGAGGCUGCCUGAACCUGGUGAUGUUACACAUUUAUUCUGGCUAUGAAAAAUCCCCCUUUUUCUCUCUCUUCCUCUAACUCUGUCUCUCUGCUAUUUCUACCAGUGCAUUUUGUAAUUCCGAACAGAACUCUUCCUAAAGAACCUGAAUAAAAACAGAGAGAAUGCAUUCUAACUGCGCCUUUACAAUCUC